GUGACAGGUAGCUCGGCUGCAGUAGCUGGAGAGGCGGCUCGGCCCUGGGCUGCCGCUGCCCCGGGGGCCGCAGAUUUUUGAUGCCUUUUGAAUGUAUGUCUCUACAGUGAAUAUAGCCAAGCAACUUUUACAUUUAUUUGGAAACUGGAGAUUUUGAGAAGAUGAGGCUGAAGAUAUCACUUCUAAGAGAACCAAAACAUCAAGAAUUAGUGAGUUGUGUAGGCUGGACCACUGCCGAGGAGCUGUACUCCUGCAGCGAUGAUCACCAGAUUGUGAAAUGGAACUUGUUAACAAGCGAAACGAGCCAGAUAGUCAAACUCCCCGACGACAUGUACCCCAUCGAUCUUCACUGGUUUCCCAAAAGCAUCGGCGUGAAGAAGCAAACCCAGGCUGAGAGCUUUGUACUCACUAGUUCUGAUGGAAAAUUUCACCUGAUCUCGAAGUUAGGAAGAGUGGAAAAAAGUGUAGAAGCUCAUUGUGGAGCUGUACUUGCUGGGAGAUGGAAUUAUGAAGGAACAGCAUUGAUUACAGUUGGAGAAGAUGGACAAGUUAAAAUUUGGUCAAAGACUGGGAUGUUAAGAUCCACUUUAGCUCAACAAGGCACGCCGGUCUACUCCGUGGCAUGGGGCCCUGAUUCAGAAAAGGUCCUCUACACAGCGGGGAAGCAGCUGAUUAUUAAACCUCUUCAGCCAAAUGCUAAAAUUUUACAGUGGAAAGCUCAUGAUGGAAUCAUUUUAAAAGUGGACUGGAACUCAGUCAAUGACCUUAUCCUGUCUGCUGGUGAAGACUGUAAAUAUAAGGUUUGGGAUAGUUAUGGCCGUCUGCUGUACAGCUCACAGCCUCACGAGCACCCCAUUACCUCGGUGGCCUGGGCUCCAGAUGGAGAGUUAUUUGCUGUGGGAUCAUUUCAUACUUUACGCUUAUGUGAUAAAACAGGGUGGUCCUAUGCUUUAGAGAAGCCUAAUACUGGCAGUAUAUUCAAUAUUGCUUGGUCGAUUGAUGGCACUCAGAUUGCUGGCGCUUGUGGAAAUGGACAGGUGGUUUUUGCCCAUGUGGUGGAGCAGCGUUGGGAGUGGAAGAACUUUGAAGUCACCUUGACCAAAAGGAGGACCAUGCAGGUUCGUAAUGUUCUUAAUGACGCAGUGGACUUAUUGGAAUUCCGUGAUCGGGUCAUCAAGGCAUCUUUGAACUAUGGACACUUGGUUGUUUCAACGUCUCUUCAAUGUUAUGUGUUCUCUACAAAGAACUGGAAUACACCACUUAUAUUUGACCUGAAAGAAGGAACCGUUAGCUUAAUUCUGCAGGCUGAAAGGCAUUUUCUUCUUGUGGAUGGAGGAGGCAUCUACUUGUACUCUUAUGAAGGAAGAUUCAUUUCCUCACCAAAAUUUCCAGGAAUGAGAACAGAUAUUCUGAAUGCCCAGACAGUAUCUUUAAGUAAUGAUACUAUAGCAAUAAAAGACAAAGCGGAUGAGAAAAUCAUCUUCUUAUUCGAGGCAUCAACAGGAAAACCACUAGGUGAUGGAAAAAUUCUUUCACAUAAGAAUGAAAUCUUGGAAAUUGCUUUAGAUCAAAAAGGACUUACCAACGAAAGAAAAAUUGCUUUUAUUGACAAAAAUAGAGAUCUUUAUAUCACUUCAGUCAAACGAUUCGGGAAGGAAGAACAAAUUAUUAAACUUGGCACGAUGGUCCAUACUUUGGCAUGGUGUGAUACAUCCAAUAUUCUUUGUGGACUUCAAGACACUCGCUUUACAGUUUGGUAUUAUCCCAAUACAGUUUAUGUGGAUCGAGACAUUUUGCCCAAAACAUUGUUUGAAAAGGAUGCAAGCGAAUUCAGCAAAAACCCCCACAUCGUGAGCUUUGUGGGGAAUCAGGUGACCAUCCGAAGGGCCGACGGCUCUCUGGUGCACAUCAGCAUAUCGCCCUACCCCGCCAUUCUCCACGAGUACGUCAGCAGCUCCAAAUGGGAGGACGCCGUGAGGCUGUGCCGCUUCGUUAAGGAGCAGACGAUGUGGGCUUGCCUGGCCGCCAUGUCAGUGGCUAAUCGAGAUAUGACAACUGCAGAAAUAGCCUACGCGUCCAUUGGGGAGAUUGACAAGGUCCAGUACAUCAAUUCCAUAAAAGACCUUCCAUCCAAGGAGUCCAAGAUGGCCCACAUGCUGAUGUUCAGUGGCAACAUCCAGGAGGCCGAGAUGGUCCUUCUUCAGGCAGGCCUCAUUUACCAGGCCAUCCAGAUCAACAUCAACCUGUACAACUGGGAGAGGGCCCUGGAAUUAGCUGUAAAGCACAAGACACACGUCGACACAGUUCUUGCAUACAGGCAAAAGUUUUUGGAGACGUUUGGGAAACAGGAAACUAAUAAACGCUAUUUGCAGUAUGCAGAAGGGCUGCAGGUAGACUGGGAAAAAAUCAAAGCCAAGAUCGAAAUGGAGAUCACCAAAGAGCGGGAGAGGUCAUCCUCCAACAUCACCGGCAAAAGCCUGUCUUCCAAGCACUGAGUGCCCCGUCGCUGUCCGUGGUAGCUUCCUGUCUCCAGAUGGGGUCAGUGUGGGAGCUCUUGCCCAGGUCGGGCAGCCUGUGCCUGGCCAGUCAUGGUCCCUCCGCACCCACCUGGCCCUCCCUGCCCCGGGGAGGUUGCCCUUAGCUCUACCCUGUGCUGCCAUUCCUGACGGAGGCUCCGAGCGGCUCCCUCGGCUCCCCAAUUGUACUGAGCUCCCAGUGGCUCUUAGUCUGCAAAGAAAAGAAGAUGGGGGUGUGGGAAGGGCUGGCGGCUCAUCGACCUGGGCCUGGGAGAUGGCCCGAGCUCCAAAUGCCCAGCUCUGCCCUUGCCCACGGCCUGCCCAGCGGUUGCCCAAGGCCUGGGCGUCCAUGUUCCCGCUGCUGUUUCUGUGCUUGAGCCAGGCCGAGCGCGGAAAGGGCUGUGAGCGAACGAGCUCCUGAUGGGUGACGUCUGAAAUUGGCGCUUGUGCCACCCACCUGGCUCUUGCAGCGAAUUGUUUUUUAUUCAUCUAUCACAGUAGCUUUUCUUCAAUUGAAUUAUUAUGGUUUAUCAGUUGUUACAAUUUAUAGAAACUGUUCUUUACAUACUUUUUCCUGUGUUAUCACUAAAUAGUUUUGUACCUUUUGAGAAUUUAAAUGUGAUGCAAUGAUUACAAAUGCUGUUAAACAAAUAUUU